AAUUACUCCUCCAUCUCCUAAAAAAGCUGAAACUCCCGAAACCCGCAGAGUAGGCCGCACCCUCGUUGGCCCCUCCCUUCUCUUCACCCUCCAAUUUCAGGUGGCUAUAAACUCCUCCGCUUCUUCCGAACCCAAACCCUAACCCUAACCUCUCUUUCUCUCUCUUAUCUCUCUCUCUUUAUCUCCUGUAAACAUAAUGGUUGAAUCUGUUUCGAAUAAUAUUUGAUGAGUGAAUCUCAGUGUUUGCCGGCGACGGCAAGAUUUGUUAGCACCGGCGAACUAUUCCGAUCGGCUUCUGAAGAUGAUGCCUUUGUUGUUGACGAAUGAUUUCAUCGUCUUCCUGGUAAGAAGCAUCAUCACUCUAUCAGAUAUUGAUUCCGAGAAAUGUUCGAUCCCUACAUGCUAAUGCACCUUCGAACUCGAUCUAAGUUCUGGUUUUGGAAGAGGAAAAAAUUUUACAUUAAUUAACUGUAAUUUUUUUUAAAUUGUAUAUCAUCAUAACUGGAUAAUUGUGAUUAAUUCGAUAAUCUGUAUCAUAAGAUCCUCUUCUUCUUUUUAUUUUUAUUUUUUUUCUACAGUAAGGUUUCGGUCGGUCUAGGGUUAGGUUCUCUACUGUUUUUUAGAUUUCUUGUUUAUGUCUUUCGGGAGAUCUCUUUGUUGUUUUGUACAGUUUUGUGGUUUUCAUAUGGAAGUGAAUCAGAGGUGAAAAAGAGGAGAAAAGAGAACGGAUCUCAUUUUUCCUCAUUCCAGAUUUCUUCUUCCUCUUCCUCUUCCUCUUCCUCUUCCUCUUCCUCUUCCUUCUAAUCUAAACUAAUCUUCCAAAGUGGCGAAGAUGAGUUUGAGCGCUGCUGCCGAAGAAGAUUCGGCUCCGGAAAUACAUCUUCCGGCAGAUAUCGAUUGGCAAAUGCUGGACAAAUCCAAGUUCUUUUUCCUUGGCGCCGCGCUCUUCUCUGGAGUUUCUGCUACUCUUUACCCUGUCGUCGUCCUCAAGACUCGGCAACAGGUAUCACAAACGCAGCUUUCUUCCAUCAAAACGGCUUUUGCUAUCUUACGCCACGAGGGCAUCAGAGGCCUUUACAGAGGCUUUGGCACUUCCUUAAUGGGAACGAUCCCUGCUCGUGCCUUGUACAUGACAGCUCUCGAGGUCACUAAGAGUAGUGUGGGAACCGCAACUGUACGUUUGGGUUUCCCAGAACCGACGGCCUCUGCGAUCGCCAACGCCGCAGCUGGACUAAGCGCUGCGAUGGCCGCACAGCUUGUUUGGACACCGAUCGAUGUGGUCAGCCAACGGCUCAUGGUCCAAGGCAGCAUCGGCAAUCCCAACACCCCUUGUAAAUAUCGUGGCGGGAUCGAUGCGUUCAGGAAAAUUCUCAACACUGAUGGUUUGCGGGGUCUGUACAGAGGAUUUGGUAUGUCCAUAUUGACCUACGCUCCUUCAAAUGCAGUUUGGUGGGCAUCGUAUUCAGUGGCGCAGAGACUCGUUUGGGGUGGACUUGGUUGCUAUCUCUGCAAGAGAGACGAUGAAUGCAAGGAGACUAGUAACAACAGCGGCGGUGGUGGUAGUUUCCGGCCGGAUUCGAAAACAGUGGUGGCAGUGCAGGGAGUCAGUGCAGCCAUGGCUGGUGGGGUUUCUGCAUUGAUUACAAUGCCACUUGAUACAAUCAAGACAAGGUUACAGGUUUUGGAUGGGGAAGAAAAUGGGCGUCGGCCACCAACAGUUGGACAGACAUUUAAGAAUUUAGUUAAAGAAGGUGGAUGGGCUGCUUGUUACCGAGGAUUAGGUCCUCGUUGGGCUUCCAUGUCCAUGUCUGCAACCACCAUGAUCACCACUUAUGAGUUCCUGAAACGUCUUUCUGCUAAGAAUCAAGAGAACUUGCCUUCAUGAACACACAGAUGAACUCUAGAAGUUGCAGUAAUGGAAACACCUCCCCCCCCCCCCCCAAAAAAAAAAAAAAGGAAAAAAAGUUUUAUUUUAUUUUUGUUGUUUUAAAUAUAUAAAUAAUUUUUGUUUCACCUUUUAAAUCUUAUCCAUUUCCGUUUUGUCAUGGGACCUUCGUUCUGGUGGUUGGUUAUGGUAGGAUAGUUAAUAAUGUAAAUGAUUUAAAGUUUAUUAUGGUCAUCUUAUCAAGAUGGUUUAAAUUGGGUUGUGGAAUUAGAAAUUUCUAUAAAAUGAACUUGUUAUA